UCGCUGGUUCCCCACUCGAAAGCAACCAAAUUUACUCCACUCUACUCUACUCAACUCUUCCCCCCAACAAACACACUCACCCAACUCGUCGCUAUGAACUCCUUCUCAGUGUUCUUAGUGUUCGCGCUGGCGGCUUUGGCCGCGGCGGAGCCACCAUCCGGAUAUAACUAUCCCCGCGGCGGAGGCGGUGGUGGUGGCGGUGGACACGGCGGCGGAUUCGGAGGCGGCGGCGGAUUCGGAGGCGGCGGUGGAUUCGGAGGCGGUGGCGGCGGUGGCUUCCAGGCUGUGAGCGGCGGCUUCCAGACCUCCGAAGGACAGAACGUCGAUCCCCAGCUGCUGGAGCAAGUGCGUCAGAUCCUGCUGAACGAGGAGAGCAAGCAGGGCGGCGGCGGCGGCGGCGGCGGUGGAGGUGGCGGUGGCGGCGGUGGCUAUCCCAGUGGCCCGUCCACCAGCUAUGGUCCUCCGUCCUCGAGCUACGGAGCUCCGGGAAUCGGCGGCGGUGGCCGUGUAGUGGGCAUCGAUCUGGAAGGCGUCCGCCAGGCUAUCCAGGUGGCCCAGUUCGCCCAGCAGAGCUCGCAGCAGGGAGGCGGUGGCGGUGGCGGUGGAUACCCCAGCGCCCCAUCUGGAUCUUAUGGAGCCCCCUCGAGGCCCAGCGGCAGCUACGGAGCGCCCUUUUAAUCGUUCCCCAUCUCAAGACCCCUUCCAAAACUCAGCGACUGUACCUCUCAGUUCCCCGACACACUCCAACACACCCCGUUCCCCCGGAACCCCAGAACACCAAACUCAAUCUCGAAUUUCGUCUCGUACCCUCAACGAAUCUCGAAUCCGGGGCUUCGUUUUGGCCUUUUUUGUAACCCUUGUAAAUAGUUUUCUCACUCUACACGAAUACAAGAAAAACUGAAAAUGAAAGCCACACAACAACAACACCCACAACACCAAGAUGGUAAACACCCCAGACAGUGUUAUAACGCAUUAUUAGCUCGUAAGUGUUUUUAUUUUAUAUGAAACAAACAAAGAAACAACAAAAAAAAUAUGAAAACAAUAAAAAAAAUAGUAAAUUU